AUGGAAUUGAACACAUACACAUACAAGCAUCUUCAAGGUGCGGAUCCGAUCGAAGCUAACGUUUACUUCAAGCACGGCGACUCGAGCAGCACGAAGCCUAUUGCCAUCUAUUACCACGGCGGCAAUUUUGUAGUCGGUGACAAGGGCAUGAUCAGCCCUCAGUACAUCAAAGUGCUUCUCGACCUGGGCUUCGGCGCAGUGGUAUCUCCCAACUAUCGGCUCUCUCCGACAAUCUCAGCAUACGACGGAGCAAUCGCAGACUCCAAAGACGCCUUCUCAUGGGUGCAGAACGACUUGCCAGUCAAGCUAGCCAAUGACGCCGGCAUUAUGCUGGAUGGCGAGCGAGUCGUGGCUUGGGGUCAUUCUGCGGGAGGAACGCUUGCUCUUCUUAUGCCGGCUGGUUCGUUCUCGCCGUCCUUCCCGCCGACUUUCUUUGGGCAUGGAGGGGCUGAUUCGGCGGUGGAUGUCAAAUUGGCGAAGAGGGCGCACAACGCUCUGAAAGCGGACGGGGUAGAUACGCAGCUGGUGGUUAUUGAAGGUGCGGACUAUGGUUUUGACAUCGGAAAGAUGCCCGGGGAUCCAGUAUAUGAGGCUGUGAUUAACGGGUUGAAGUUCCUACGAGCAUACGUAUAA